GAAUUUAUCAACGUCGUAAAAAGAAGACUGAUGACGAUAGCCGAGCGACUGAAUUAGAUGUUAAAUUGAGACAUGAUCCUAGCCGUAAAUCAUAUUCUGUCGUAGCACCUGGAACGCCAUUACAUGAGAUCGAUCUCUCCGAGAUUCCAUUCUUACAACACGCUGAGGAAAGCACAAAAGGUGCAUUGAAACGUACAAAAAGGGUUGUUAAAACACGUAGAUUCCUUCUACCACUUUUCUUAACUAUCGGUUUCGCAUUAGCAUCAAUCAUUCUAGCACCAUUGCCGAAUGGGCUGGCGGAUUUACCUGAUUUUGAUUUAUCUGGAUUAGGUGCCCAAUGGGAAUACUUAUUCGAGGAUUUAACUACGCGUAUAUCUGACGCUAAAUUAUGGUUCAGUUCGAGAGGUUUCAAAACCGGUUUGGCAGCUGCAGAAGAGGGACUUACAGCUGAUUCACCGUUGAUGCUCUUCCCAGGUGUUAUCACUACAGGUCUUGAAUCUUGGUCGACCGAUGCUGAUAGUUUGAGUUUCUUCCGUCAGAGGAUUUGGGGAACCCAUACCAUGUUUAAAUCUAUUUUUGCUGAUAAGAAUGAAUGGAUACGUCAAAUAUCUUUAGAUAGUGAAACUGGAUUGGAUCCACCAGGUGUACGCGUAAGACCUGCACAGGGUUUGGAUGCGGCGAGUAUGUUCAUGCAGGGAUACUGGGUCUGGAGACCUAUUAUAGAGAAUCUCGCUUGCAUAAAUUAUGACACAAAUAACCUCGAAAUGGCCGCUUAUGACUGGCGAUUAGCGUAUAGCAACCUAGAAAACAGAGAUCACUACUUCACACGCGUCAAGAGUAGGAUUGAGAUGAACAAGAAGAUUCAUGGAAAGAAGACAACCCUCGUGUCACACUCAAUGGGUGGAACUGUUUUAAUGUACUUCAUGAAAUGGGUAGAGGCUGAAGGAUACGGUGGAGGUGGAAACACUUGGGUAGAAGACCACAUUGAAAACCUUAUAAAUAUUUCUGGAACACUCCUGGGCGUACCCAAAGCAAUGACUGCACUAUUAUCAGGUGAAAUGAAAGAUACAGUAGAGCUUAAUCCUGCAGGUGCUUAUGCUUUAGAGAAAUUCUUCUCAAAAGAAGAACGUGCAGAUUUAUUCAGAUCUUGGUUUGGUAUUGCAGGAAUGUGGAUGAAAGGUGGUGAUGCAGUUUGGGGUAAUUCUACAUAUGCACCAGAUGAUCCCGAGAAUACAACUGAUACCUAUGGUCGCUUCCUUUCUAUACGUGACAACUAUGUAAUGGAUCCAAAUCAGAAUAAAACGCUAUCACGUCAUAACUACACAAUAACGGAUGCCAAUAAUUACGUACUCACUAAUACACCGAAAGUAUGGCAAAAAAUGAUGCACAAUAACUACUCAUAUGGUAUUGAGAUCGACGAGAAAAAGUUAGAUGAAAAUAACUACGAUCCGACUAAAUGGUCAAAUCCAUUAGAAUCUAGAUUACCAAAUGCACCUUCAAUGUCAAUCUAUUGUAUCUACGGUGUUGGAAAACCAACGGAAAGAUCAUAUUAUUACACUGAAGGACCAAAAACACAUCAAGGAUUACAAUCAGAUAUGGAAGUUGGUAAAUGCGAGGCAGAUGAUUGCGAUAAGACGGAAGAAAGUAAUGAUGAUUUACCACUUACUGCGCAAAAUGCAAUUGAUAAUGAUCUUAAUUUACCGGAAGAAAACCCACAAGUUAGCAACGGUGUUAAAUUUGGACAAGGUGAUGGUACAGUUUCACUUAUGUCUCUAGGAUCAAUGUGUUCGAAUGGAUGGCGGAGACCAGAUAGAAGAUAUAAUCCAGGUAACUCAAGAAUAGUUAGUUAUGAAAUUGACCAUAAACCUGAUUCAAUGGAUUUACGUGGUGGUGAUCAUACUGGUGAUCAUGUUGAUAUUUUAGGCUCAACACCAUUAAACGAGUUGAUAUUAAAAAUUGCAGCUGGAAAAGGUAAUGAAAUUCAAGAUCACUUUGUUAGUAAUAUAAGGGAAAUUAGUGAUAGGAUCGACUGGGAUUUAGUCAAUCACGCUUCUGACAAAGAAAUUAUUUAAAUCUAUUUUGUUUGUAGAAAUUGUUCAUCUAUUAUUAA